AUGGCAACUAAUAUUAUCAACCAAGCCGUGCAAGCGCAAGCAAGCCUCGAGGAGGCCUUUUCCGCGCUCACCAUCGAGAGCAACAAGCAAAGCACCCAAGAUCAGAGCGAUAUACUAGUGGCCAUUGAGAUGAUGAAAAAUAUUGUACUAACCAAAGAUACCCCUGUGCUGAGUCCAGGAAGUGCCCCGAUCCCGAUGCCAGUGUUCGCAAAGGACCCUUGCCCGUAUUGUUGUGCCAGUCUUCAGCUGCUCGAGCCCAUCCGAGAGGAUGAUCUGUUUGGAGAUUCCCGAUACGAUUUACCUCCCCACUCUGAAGUUGGCUGCGAGUACUUUAACGCCGCUCUCCAGGUGAACCCGAUGAAAGUGUUCGAUCCGAAGGUCGAGGAGUUAGCCGCGUCGAUCGCGGCGCUCGCGUUGUGCAACAACCUCAAAGGCCGCAAACCGAACUCCCACUAG